AUGUCAUCAAUUACUUCCAAGGCCCAGGUGGCACAAAAGAUCACAUCGCUUCUUAAAACUUUGCCCAAGGAUAGGUUGAACCACCAUGCAUCAUUCAAAGAAAUACAACUCGCCAGGUUUGAAAAUAAGGCAAAUAUAGAACAAAUUUCUGAGAGGGACUUACGCUUACAAUUUAUUGCAUUGAAGGAGUUGGUGAAUGAUAAAUACAAAAACUAUUAUGCAUUAGAUGAUAAAUUAUUGAAACCAAAGAGCAACCCCGAGUAUUAUAACCGAUUGAUGAGUGAGAUUAAGGGAGAGAGAAAGGAGACAUUAUUCAGUGCUAUCAGGACCGUUGUGUUUGGAAAGUAA